AUGGGCCGGAAACUCUUCCUCAACCACUUGGCCGCCGCCAACCGCAUGAAGAUCGAGAACAUCGAGAACGUUCGUGGCCUGGAGGAGGGCGUGUUUAUCUUCACCUAUGUCCAUCCCAGGAGCAGCCUUCGAGUGACCAUCGAAGUAUUUGCCAACGACCUAGGAGAAUACCCGGACGGCAAUUCAUUUGUGCUGUACACCAAGGACACGUCUCACGACCCGAUCGUUGCAGAAACAUUGCGCAAAGUCACUGAACAUGCCCAUGGCAAGCCUGUUAUCGACUUAUUGGCUGAAAUUGCGAAGCUAUUGACCUCAGUUACGGGAAAGGGCUAUGUCCAAGAAAAUAUCGGGGACAACGAAGUGAAGGAGGAGAAUGAUUUUGAUUUUGAUUUUGAGAGCGACUCUGACAUUGACCUGGAUACCUGUGAGGCUGGCGACACAGAUCGCCACUCCGACAUCAGAGCAGACUCCACCAGCUUGCCAGAUGAUCCCAAUGAGAAGACGGAAAAGGUACGCGCAGAUCUUGCAGCCCUCAAGCAUUCCGGCUUCCGCGUUGGAGUCUUUGGGAACAUUGCCUCUGGCGGGGUUCUUUGCAUUUCGAUCCGAGUCUCCAAGCUCGGUCUCUCAGAUGAAGCCCUCGAAGCAUGGAAUGUGCCACGAAGGCAUUACUUCUUGUUGCUGAUCAGGUACUUACGGAGCUAUCUGGACGCAACCAGAGUUGUCAAUGAACGAGGUCUGUCGGACUCUGUGGAGAUGCGCGUGGGACUUUGCAGCCACUACAAACCUUCCCUACGCGAAGUCCUCGCUCUCUACCAGUACACAAAGUCGGACAAUACGACCUCAGCGAACGGCCUCGAAGCUGGAUCAAACGAUCAACAUGCAUUCGAAGCAUUGUGUAUUGGGAAUUCGAUCAACCAAUUACUCGAAGAAAGAGUCUUCAAGAUCAUCUCGGCUCGGGAAUUGUACCAGCUUAGCUGGCUCGGUGCAGAGAAAUUCAUCAACGAGAGACAGACGUCUUCGUUGUCAAACAUUGACGACAUGUCACCCUAUCAUUGUGAUGAUGACGCCCAUGCGAGGGGCCUACCCCCAAUAGUCGUCGCAGACCACAUGCGCCAGAAUCGACUCGCAAAGGCUUCUUUGCCAUUAAUCCUUAUGCAGUUUUCCCUCAGGCAUUUCGUUCGAUGCACGGAAUUCUGCCUCGUGUGCCACUGCCGAGUCGAUGAAGGGUUUGGAGCCCUUAAACCAUACGUCUGCCUGAAGCCCCUCUGCCUGUACCAGUACAUGUCGCUCGGUUUCGGUCCUCGUCUAGAGUGGGAAAUCAUGGUCCAGCCAUACGUGGUCGAUGUUCUGAUCAGCCUAUGCCACGCAGCAGCUAGUAGCGGCAGACUCAAAGAGUUUCCUAUAGGUAUGAACUUGGUCGUACCUGUCAUACCACGUCCCAGAGUUCCGCGUUUCGUUGCACCGUACCAUACCGGAACUCUGUCAACGCAAGCAGUUGUACCACUAAUCCACGAGAAGUCCUUUGCAUGCACGUGGUAUAAGAAAUUGAGGCACUUGGUGAUCGAACAGGAUGAAGAGAAGAACAUAUCGAUUCAGAAACUCAAGCCUGGUGAUUGGCUUGUUCUCCUCUGUAUCCAGACUGAGACUGCAGCCCAUUGUCUCGUCAAGAAGGUGGAAUUGCCUCGAGUUUGGCUCGAUUCACCUAUUUCUGUUCCAUUCCCGGGGCUUAUCGGCAACUCUAGCAGUCUCAUUGAAACCUCUGGUGAAGACGACUGCUCCGUCAAAGCGGACUGUUAUUUGUAUGACAAGAACUUUGACCAUCUCAUUCCAAAACACCAGGAAGAUGCAAUCGUGAGCUUGCUGGAUACUCUACCACCCGUAAUCAGGAUGCGACGCUAUCUGGAGAGUCAAGGAAAGAGCCAGGAUCCUAGCUUAAUGAAAUGGAUAGACCGAAUUCCAGCACCGGCAUUGAAUCUUCUCCGUUGGAUUGUUGCGUCCAAUAGGUCUUGUAUCUUACAGGUCGACGACAUUGGCACCAAAGACGACGCGGCAAUUUGCGGGAAGCCUGAAGACCGUGUGGGAGGGAUGGAGAGCUGGAUCCAAUUCCGCUUCGCUCAAGGGGCUCCAGACAAAGAAAAGCGCUUCAAUAACAACGUACUGCAACGUGCGUCAGCCACCGGAACGAAUUAUCCCACCAUUUUCGCGUGGCACGGAAGUGCAAUUGGCAACUGGCAUUCAAUAAUUCGACAAGGUCUCCGGUUUGAUGAAGUCUUGCACGGCAGGUCAUAUGGAAAUGGUAUCUAUGUGAGCCCCUACGCAAGAACAAGCUUGCAGUACACUGGGGAUCUCGGUCCUGCCAUUAGCGGUUGGCAUGGUUCUGUGCUCAAAAUUACAAGAGUGCUUUCCCUACAGGAAGUUGUGAAUGACCGAGCCAGCUUCAGAUGCGCUUCACCACACUAUGUGGUCCCGAAGGUUGACUGGGUGCAGACGCGAUAUUUGUUCGUCAAGACCGAAAAAAGUGACGUUCGAAACGGCGUGGCCGGUCAGAUUUAUAAGCAGCAACCUGGCCUAGAGGCUUACAACGAAGAGAGACAGCCAAUAACAAUCCCAUUGACUGCCAUAUCCAGGACUCGAAGAUCUGGCAGCGGCAUCGGAAAGGUAGAUGGUCUUCGCGGGAAGCGUACGAAGACGAUAUCGAAUACAGAUCUGGCGACGGCCGAGCGAGACCUGGACGAUGCAGAGAGUGUCUUAUCGGAUGCGCAAGAUCUGGCUGUGUUUCAAGGGGCCGAUCAGCAGGAUGACGGCCUUGAGCCUUUGGGGUCCAGCACCGAGAGCCCACGCGCCAAUGGUAAGAAGCGGCCGGCGGAGGUGGCAGCUGAGACCGACUUCAUAGCCGGACAAUUGGAUGUCACGAACAUUAGGUUUAUGGCGGAACCUCAGGACGCUACGCCAGUGGCCACCAAGGCGCUCAUGCAUCUCCUCAAGGAUGCGCUGAAGAUUCAGGAGAGCACUCCGCCAGCCACACUCGGGUGGUACAUCGACCGCAGCUUGAUCAAUAACAUGUACCAGUGGAUUGUGGAACUGCACAGCUUUCCGAGGGAUCUACCUCUGGCUCAGGACAUGAAAAAUACUGGAGUGACAUCAAUUGUCAUGGAGAUGCGGUUCACCCAUCACUAUCCUUGGAGCCCUCCAUUCAUUCGAGUAGUCAAGCCUCGCUUUCUGCCCUUCAGUCAAGGUGGUGGUGGGAACGUGACCGAAGGAGGUGCCAUGUGCAUGGAGGUCUUGACCAAUAAUGGAUGGAGUGCUAGUUUUACGGUCGAAAGCAUUCUCUUGCAAGUCCGGCUGGCAUUAUCUGACACACAGCGACCGGCAAGACUCGUUGGUCACCCUGGCUCUACUUACGGGGUGGGAGAAGCAAAGAGAGCAUACGUUCGUGCGUGUAUGAACCAUGGCUGGAAAGUCCCUGACGGGUUUGCCACAAUCCAAGAGUGA